CUGUAAAAUAUAGGGAUCCUAUUGAAAUUUCUAAACUCAGCUGGUCUUUCUAUAAAUGAGACUUCGCCCUAAACUACCCAGAUUUCUGCCGAGUCUUCUCGUCUCCCGACUGCUUGCCGACGCCGCCGGGAUUUUCCAGUUCCUUCCCGUCUUUGGAUUUCGCUGCUGGCGUCGUCGGGGUUUGCUCAUUCCUUGGCGUCUUCCCAUCGCCGCUCCUCCUCGCCACCGCCCAGCGAUAAGGCCUGAUCUCGCCGGAUUUCACCAAAGCAAAUUCGACAGGGAACUGGAUUUAAAUUGUUGGUUCUGCAAACGAAGCCGAAUUUUAGGGUGUUCAAACUUGUUUAAUAAGUUUUCAAAGAGACCGGUAGAUGGUCUGGAAUCACGAACGUAACAUACUGGACAUAUUUUGAUGAGCACAGUGUAGCCAAGAUCCAUUCUAAAACCUUAGCGAAGAUGAAGCCAAGGAGAUAAUGCUUUGGCGUAACACUGUUUGUGUGCUUGCCAUCCCUGUAAAACCCCUUGCAUUGUUUAUCAUAGCAGUGAGCCCGAGCACCAAUUCUGAACAUUCAACCACAACUUGUAUUGUACCGAUGACUUCCUCUUUGUUACAUACAAACUGCAGCGUCUUCUACUUACCUGUGUAAGACCGAAUUCUGCCCCUGGAUUUCUUUUCCUGAAGACCGACUAAAAAACCACCACUUUGUCGCCAUGUACAACUUGUGCUCCAUCUAUUCUAUGAAUAGCUUCAAAGA